CUCCCUCUCUACCACACUGCUCGGUCUUCCACGCUCCCCUCGAGAGGCCGCCGGAUUCUUCGCACAGACAGCUUGGACACGAAUGCCUUGAGCACCUAGAGCACACACAGCACUGCGCCUCUUCCAGCUCCCGCCUCGCUCUGUCACACGACUGAGUCUCAGCAGCUCGUGCCAGCAUGGUGCAGCUGCCCUUCUCGAGCUCGGCGCCAAACGGCGUGAGCUCGCAGCCGCCCUCGCGCUCCUCGACGCCGGCCCUCUCGCCGCCGUCGCGCACCGUGUCGCCCUCGCCGUCGUCGCACUCGAUUGCGCAUCGGCCACAGCCGCCCGAUUCGCUGCACUCGCGCAUCCGCUCCGCCAACCCGCCGCCCGCCUCGACGCCGCUCUUCGUCGACGUCCUCUCGCCGCCGUCACGCACAGCCACGCCCACGCCGCUCUCGCCGCCCGGCACGCCGAGCCAGGCAGAGCUGCCCGGCAGCGGCGAGGGCGGGCCGAGCGCCGACAUUGGCAUCUAUCCCGAUGCCAUCUACGACGAGUAUCUGGGCAGCUUCAUUGGCGGCAUCCGGCGGGCCCUGGUGCGGAACCUGAAGCGCGAGAGCCGCUUCAUCGCAUGGCACCAGAGCUGGGUGCGCAAUCCCCGCCUCGACCGCUACUUUGUCUACACGUCGCUGCUGGGCACGCACUCGUUCUUCCUCAUCUUCCUUCCCAUGUCGUUCUGGGCCGGCAAUGCCUGGUUCGGCCGAGGGCUGGUCAAUGUGCUUGCGUUUGGCGUCUACUUCUCCUCUGCGAUCAAGGACCUGCUCUGCGUGCCGAGGCCGUAUAGCCCGCCCUGCACGCGCUUGGUGAUCGGCACGACGCACUUGGAGUACGGCUUUCUCUCGACGCACAGCACCAACGCGAUGGGCGUCGCCUUCUAUCUGUACCUGUGGCUCGGCGAGGUGCGCAGCAGUGCCGGCUGCCCUGCGUGGGUGUACAGCUGGGCGUGGGAGGCCAUGCUGCUCUACUACGUCGUCAGUGUCGUGUACGGGCGGAUAUACGCCGGCAUGCACAGCGUCACCGACUGUGUGGCCGGCUCGGCGCUCGGCAUGGCCAUCACCUGGGUGCAGUGGCACUUCAACGACGCCAUCGAGCGCUUCCAGAUCCUCGACGACUUUACCGUGCCGCUCGUCACGAUUCCCAUGGGGCUCCUGAUGGUCUCGGUGCAUCCGCAGCCGCUCGACGACUGCCCGUGCUUUGAGGACGCCAUCGCCUUCGUCGCCGUGGUCAUGGGCGUGAUGAACGCGCGCUGGUUCUCUGCGCGAUACGGCAUCCUGCCGCUCUCCGACAUGCCGACCGACCCGGCCUGGCCGGGCCACUCUCUGACGCCCAGCCGCGUCCUGGCGUCCGGCGCGCUGUCGGCCAAGCCGGUGCUCGACGCCAUCAAGGCGCCCAUCGAGCGCAUCGGCUUCUGGUCGAACUCGCACCCGCUGCUGCGCGUCUCGGUCGUCGGCAUCAAGACGGCCGUGAUGCUGGUCAUCGGCGUGAUGCUCAUCUUCGUCGUUCGCGUCACUGCAAAGACGAUCUGCAGCGUCGUGCUGCCACCGGCGCUGCGAGUGGCGCACGACUCCUUCGGCCUGAUCCUGCCUCGGCGGCACUACUCGUCCGCAGCGACCGAGGGCACGGCGCAGCCGAGCCGAUCCUACAUUCCCGCUGCGCUGCGCCGCGCCGCCUCGCCGACGCCGCAGCAGGCCUCGUCGCGCCGCCGCGCCGGCUCGCUCGAGCGCACAAAGAUCCGCUUCACCCUCGGCGACGGCGCCACGCUGCCCGUGCCCUUUACGCACCCGGGCACGCAUCUGCCUGGCGACAGCUUGGCGGAUCGCAUGGCGGGCGCCAUCUCGAGCGAGGAGAAGGAGAGGCAGCGCAACGUCGAGGAGUCGGGCCUGAAGUUCGAGCGCCCAGAAGACAGGCACGCCGAGCAGGUGCGGCACUACGACGCAGACGUGCUGGCAAAGGUCAUCGUCUACGCAGCCAUCGGCUUUGCCGCAGCGUGUCCGAUCCCGCUGCUCUUCUCGCACAUCGGUCUGCGCUAA